CUUCCAGUCCGGAAAGUUUGCCGGGUGAAGCGGCGUCCGGUCCGGUGAGCGUCGGUGUGCGUCGAACGUUUCUUUAGUUUCCAUUGCGGCUUUAGAUUCCGGACUUUGAUGUGGCGACUUUAAUUAAUCAAGUUUGGUUUGUUGGGGUUGUUGUGUUUAAUUAAAUUUGGUUAAAUGCAUCAAUGACGUGCAAAGCCUGCAUGUAGCUGCACGUCCUGUCACCAUCACACAACUAACCAUCACAAUUCUUUCACAGAAGAUGCUGGACCCAACAGACAUCCGUUCGAACGGCUGAUCACCACAGUACAUCAGCCAAAAACCCCCGAAAUGGCAUCAGUCACCGUCAACUGCACAACGCCCGCCUACGACGACAGAACCAUGGACGAUUCGAUACUGAACCAGAGCAACGCGGUCGAUCCGAAGCUGAUGGACCGGUAUCUCAUGAACAGGGCGAUAGACGAGCCGGCUUAUUCGACGUUGAUUGUGAUGUACAGCGUGCUCAUCGUUCUGGGGGCCCUUGGCAACACCCUUGUCAUAAUAUCUGUGGUGAGGAAGCCGGUGAUGCGAACGCCGAGGAACAUGUUCAUCGUCAACUUGGCGGUUGCUGAUCUGUUACUGUGCACGGUGACGAUGCCUUUGACUCUGAUGGAGAUACUGACGAAGUACUUUCCUCUUGGCGAUAACAUCUUCGUCUGUAAAAUGAUAGGGAUGCUGCAAGCCACCAGCACCUACGUUUCGACCAUAUCCAUCACUGCCAUCGCUUUGGACAGGUACCAGGUCAUAGUUUAUCCGACGAAAGAGAGUCUGCAGCUGUUCGGUGCACUUUUGAUCCUGCUGAUAAUAUGGAGUGUGGCAGUGGUGUUGGCACUUCCUUUGUUCGUAGUGAGGCACAUAAGCACGCACAACGUGAAAAUCGACAGUAACAAUUUAAGUUUGACCUUUUGUUACGAAAAUUGGCCGAUGGAACAUGGCAGAGCGUAUUAUUCGGUGUUCUCGUUGAUUUUUCAGUACACGUUGCCAAUCAUCAUUGUUUCGGUGGCGUACAUCCGAAUCUCGUACAAGCUGCGCUACAGAUUCGCGUCCGGCUUCGUGACCGCCAACGACAACUCGCAGCAGAAGCGCAGAGAGCUGCGCGGGCGCAAGCUGCAGCGCACCAACCUGCUGCUCGGCUCGAUCGCCGUCAUAUUCUGCGUCAGCUGGAUACCGCUCAACAUGUACAACGUCAUCGCCGACUUCUCAUCCAACAACGACUUCUCCAGCCAGUCCAUGAUGGUCUAUUACGCCGUCUGCCACAUGAUGGGCAUGUCGUCGGCCUGCUCCAACCCCAUCCUGUACGGGUGUCUGAACGAGAACUUCUGGAAGGAGUUCAAGGACAUUUUGUGCGUCAAAGGCAAGCCGGAGUUCGGCACGGAGUCGCAGACGUUGGCGCUGACCAAACAGGCCAACGUGUCGAGGCGGAACAAGCCGGACUUGGUGACGGUGACGACCGAUUAUCAGCCGUGCCAAACCGCCACCACCGAACUGUCUAUGUUUACUAAAUGUUAAAUUAUUAAUUUGAAAGAACAGGGUAAUUAGUGUGAUAAGCCUUUAAUAAUAUCAUGUAUAUGUUUAUGUAUAUAAAUUAUAUGUUUGCACUGUAUUUGUAUCCACAUAUGUUUAUAUAAUAAUAUAUAAAUAAUCUCUGAGCAAUAACAUCGGAGAGUCCACGAUGUUAAUGCUUCAGAUUGAAAUUAUUUAUUUAUAAAAUAGUGUACUGAGACUUUUAUACAUAUUUUUUAUGGCCUAUAUGUUUAUAAGAUGUAUAAGUGUUUUUUAUAAGAUGUAUAUAUGUGUUAGUAAAUAAUUUUUUAUAUAA